AGGAACGAGGAGGAGGGGCUUUUGCUUUCAAAUUGAAAGAAAAAACAUAAAUGUGAAGUCACACAGACAUCCUUAGAAAGAAGUAAAGACAGGAGGAGACAAUCAGAGAGUGUGUGGAUUGGACUACAUGCAAUCAUGGGUCCUUGGACAAGGACCAUUACUGAACGGUAUGGUGUGGUAAAAUGGAAUUUUGUUGGCCAAGGGGAGAAACAGCUGUCACUGGAGGUAGGAGACAUGGUCCACAUCCAGGAGGCCUGCGAUGGAUGGUACAAAGGCUAUCUGUCCAGGAACAAGGCCCAACAGGGAGCUUUCCCAGCCAGCUAUGUGCACCUGAAAGAGGUCAUACUUGAAAAACGGGGGGAUGAAGAGGUGGUGAUGUCUUCAGAGAUGCCCUUGGUAAAGGAGGUGACCACCACUCUGAGAGAAUGGGGAAGCAUGUGGAAACAGCUCUUUGUGGCCAACAAAGAUGCUCGUGUCAAGCAAGUCCGGGGGUUAAUGUGGGAACUAAUAGAAUGGCGUUCCCAGCUCCUCUCUGGCACGUUACCCACCGACGAGUUUAAGGAGCUGAAGCAGAAAGUAACCUCCAAGAUUGACUACGGAAACAAGAUCCUGGAGCUGGACCAGGUGGUGCGGGACAGGGAUGGGAACAUCCUGGAGCCCGAGCGGGCCAGUGUCAUUAGCCUGUUCCGCGCGCACGAGGAGGCCACGGCCAAGAUCAAUGAGCGCAUUAAAGAGGAGCAGUCCAAUGUCCAGAUGGACCGCUCUGGGAUCUCUGCACGGAUCCUGUCCUCUCCCACUCACAGCCUCUACGUGUUUGUCAGAAACUUUGUGUGCCGCAUCGGAGAGGACUCGGAGCUUUUCAUGUCCCUCUAUGACCCCAUCAAACAGGCCAUCAUCAGUGAGAACUACCUGGUGCGCUGGGGCAGCAGAGGUUUCCCCAAGGAGAUUGACAUGCUAAACAACCUGAAGGUUGUCUUUACAGAUUUGGGGAACAAGGACCUGAACAGGGAGAAGAUUUAUCUGAUCUGUCAGAUAGUGAGGGUGGGCAGGAUGGACCUGAAGGAGACCAACAUUAAAAAGUUAACCCAGGGCCUGAGACGGCCUUUUGGGGUGGCAGUGAUGGACAUCAGUGACAUUAUCAAAGGAAAGAUUGAGUGUGAUGAGGAGAAGCAGUAUUUCAUCCCCUUUCAUCCGGUGGUUGCUGAGAAUGACUUCCUCCACACUUUGCUGAACAAAGUGACAUCGUCUCGAGGAGACAGCGGAGGCCAAGGUCUGUGGGUGACCAUGAAGGCCCUGGUAGGGGACAUAGUUCAGAUCCGUAAAGAGUACCCCCACCUGGUGGACCGCAGCACGGUGGUGGCCCGAAAACUGGGCUUCCCCGAGAUCAUAAUGCCGGGGGACGUCCGCAAUGACAUCUACCUCACCCUGCAGGGUGGGGACUUUGACAAGUACAACAAGACCACACAGAAAAACGUGGAGGUCAUCAUGUGGGUGUGUGACGAGGAGGGCAAGGUCGUGCCGAACUCCAUCUGUCUGGGAGCAGGGGAUAAGGCGGUCAGUGAGUACAGAUCUGUCAUCUACUACCAGAUCAAACAGCCCCGCUGGAUGGAGACAUUUAAGGUGGCGAUCCCUCUGGAAGAAAUGCAGAGAAUCCAUUUGCGCUUCAUGUUCCGACAUCGCUCUUCCCAGGAGUCCAAGGACAAGAGUGAGAAAAACUUCGCCAUGUCCUUUGUGCGUCUUAUGAAGGAGGAUGGGACAGUUCUGCAGGACGGGCCUCACGACCUAGUGGUCUUUAAGGGUGAUAGUAAGCGCAUGGAGGAUGUGAACUGCUACCUGUCACUGCCCUCGACCCGCCACCACCAUGGCGAUGCCCACAAGGGGACAACUAUGAGCCGCAGCUCAAGUACCUUGUCCGGGAUGGGGGGUGGAGUCCUGUCAGUCAGCUCCAGGGACAGCUUCACCAUCUCCACCCUGGUCUGCUCCACUAAACUCACCCAGAAUGUGGGCUUGCUGGGUCUGCUCAAGUGGAGAACCAGACCUGAACUUCUUAGAGAGAACCUGGAGAAACUGAAAAUCAUUGAUGGAGAAGAGGUGGUCAAGUUUUUGCAGGACACUCUCGAUGCCUUGUUCAACAUCAUGAUGGAGCAUUCUCAGACUGACGACUAUGACAUUCUGGUCUUUGAUGCCUUGAUCUACAUCAUAGGUCUUAUUGCUGACAGAAAGUUCCAGCAUUUUAACACGGUGUUGGAGGCCUACAUCAAGCAACACUUCAGCGCCACACUGGCCUACAAGAAGCUGAUGUCAGUGUUGAAGAGGUACCUGGAUGUGUCAAGUCGUGGGGAACAGUGUGAGCCCAUCCUCCGUACCCUGAAGGCUCUUGAGUACAUCUUCAAAUUCAUCGUUCGCUCACGGAUGCUCUACUCCCAGCUGUAUGAGGGGAAGGAACAGGGAGAGUUUGAGGAGUCACUGAGGAGGCUUUUUGAGUCCAUUAACAAUCUGAUGAAGACUGACUACACCACCACUCUGCUGCUCAGGGUUGCUGCUCUGAAGUACCUUCCAACAGUCCUGCAUGAUGUUGAGAAAGUUUUUGACGCCAAACUCCUCAGUCAGUUAUUGCAUGACUUCUACAGCUGCAUCCCCCCUGAGAAACUCCAGAAACAGAAGGUGGCCUCCAUGACCGAAAUUGUCAGCAGCCAAAUCUUCCAGAGACAAGGUGUGUAA